UCGGCGUGUAGUCACUCAUGAGUUCGUACCAUGUUAGUUUAGACUCCUUCUAUCAAAGGAGGAAGACCGACGUUGCUUUGUGAACUUUUAGAACAAUACCCGUAAAGUCUCGUGCAGCGAGAAGAUAAAAGUCUAGCAAAAGAGAGUGAGGUGGACUCAAACCCCGGAACUGGAGUGGGCAGGAAGCUAGCAGCAGCAGCUAGCUUUUUGUUGACAGCGCUGCUGUCAAACUCCACACACGCGCGUCACCUCCAGUCCGAGCCCUUCACGAGGGAGGGCUUUCCCAAACUUUACAAACUGUAUUCACUGUCGGCGGAGCUGGACGAUGUCAACCCGAGGAAACUUUACGGUCCCCCAGAUGAACCCGCACUUAAGCCCCAUGAGCGUGGGGCACGCAACAGGCAUGAGGAUGAUGCCUGUGAUGCCGCAGACCUCGGCGGGUUACCCCCGGACCAUGAGCAGCGCACCGCAGUACCCCCAGCGUCCAGGUAUGUCACCGAACAGAAUUGGAGGCCCCAUGGGAUCACAUGGUGGUCAGCUCCCUGGACCUUCAUAUGGUGGAAACAUGUCCAUGCGUCCGAACAUGGGGCCGCCACCUAUGGAUGCCUCCAGGAAGCGCUUUCUAAAUCACCACCAGCAGCAACAUGAGGCGUUAGGAGGGCCAAGACGGGGGCCCAAAAGGCGUAAGAUGGCAGACAAAGUUCUUCCUCAGAGGAUCCGAGACCUCGUGCCCGAGUCUCAGGCUUACAUGGACCUGCUGGCCUUUGAGAGGAAACUGGAUCAAACAAUUGCCCGAAAGCGCAUGGAGAUACAGGAGGCCAUCAAGAAGCCUAUAAUGCAAAAGCGCAAGCUGCGUAUCUACAUAUCCAACACGUACACCCCCAGCAAGCCGGACGGUGAGGAGGCGGAGAAAGUGUCGUCCUGGGAACUGAGAGUGGAGGGAAAACUUCUAGAGGAACCCGGCAAGCAGAAGCGGAAGUUCUCCUCUUUCUUUAAGAGCCUUGUGAUCGAGCUUGAUAAGGAACUGUACGGACCUGACAAUCACUUAGUGGAGUGGCAUAGAAUGCCCACCACUCAGGAGACGGACGGCUUCCAGGUGAAAAGACCCGGAGAUGUCAAUGUCAAAUGCACCUUGCUGCUCAUGCUGGACCACCAGCCGCCCCAAUACAAACUGGAUCCUCGCCUGGCUCGUCUACUCGGGGUGCACACCCAGACCCGGGCCAGCAUCAUGCAAGCUCUCUGGCUCUACAUCAAGAACAACAAGCUGCAGGACAGUCAUGAGAAGGAGUACAUCAAUUGUAACCGCUACUUUAGACAGAUCUUUGGCUGCCAUCGCCUGAGGUUUUCUGAGAUUCCCAUGAAACUGGCCGGCCUGCUUCAACACCCUGACCCCAUCAUCAUCAAUCACAUGAUUAGCGUGGACCCCACCGACCAGAAGAAGACUGCAUGCUAUGACAUCGAUGUGGAGGUGGACGACCCGCUGAAGGCGCAAAUGAACAGUUUCCUGUCAUCCACAACCAACCAGCAGGAAAUCGCUGCUCUGGAGGUGAAGGUGAGAGACGCACACCUCCAGGAUUUGGGCUCGCACGACGCAGGGAGGAGGAGGAGGAUGAUGUCUGAUGGAGUGUGUGUCCCGCAGAUCCAUGAGACUAUUGAGUACAUUAACCAGUUGAAAACCGAGAGAGACUUCAUGUUGAGCUUCAGCAACAACCCGCAGGAGUUUAUCCAGGACUGGCUGAAGUCUCAGUGCAGAGAUCUGAAGCUGAUGACUGACGUCACAGGAAACCCAGAGGAGGAGAGAAGAACCGAGUUCUACCAGGCGCCCUGGCUUCCAGAGGCUGUGGGCAGAUAUGUUUACUCCAAAGUGCAGCAGAGGAGACAAGAGCUGGAGCAGGUUCUGGGGAUCCGACUGACCUGAAGACAUUUCCAGUUGUUUCUUUGUGGUCUUUAUUAACACGUGGGACCAAAGUUUCCAUGGUUUUAUUUUUGCCUGCUCAGCUUUUGUUGCUGUUUACCUUGUUGUGGAUGGUAUUUGGUACAAUUGGCUUUGAAACAUUGGUGCUGUUUUGUGUGAUAUUGCCACAUUAGAUAGAGUUAAAAGUGUCUCAUCAUAAAAUACGUUCAAAUUAGCAUACACAUGUCAAUACAUUUAUUUCGAAUUGUGCUCUAAAUGUUGAAAUAUAUGAAUAUAUAUUGUGCUGUUUAUUUUCCAGCUAUACGAAAUAUGCUUUUUCAGGGAAGGCUCUUUAAUUGUAACAUUUAUUUGUAAGUUUGACUGUUUAUAUUCAUUUGUUUAUGGGUGGUUGGGAUUCUGAGAUUGGGUGUGGAAUCUUUCUGCAUCUGAGAAAUUGUGAUGCUGAAAUCAGUUGUUGGAUGACACUUUGAAAACAUUCCUUGUUCUCAGUUCUUGCGGCUACUUCAAUGGAGUGCCGACGCAUCGCUCUACAUUUCAUACGCAUGUUUUUGCAAUAAACAA